AUGCAUCUCUCUCACUUGCUGGUACCAGGGCUGCUUGCUAUCACCGUGGGAGCGGCUCGCAAUCAGAAGGUCCGUCGACAAAAUGGACCUACUGAUCCGGGUAUACCCUCAGACUGCACCUAUUGGGAGCCAUCAGAGGAUGUCAGCCAAGAUUGUGCUUACAUCGAGGACCUCUGGGAGCUGGAUCAUGACACGUUCGUUGAAUAUAACCCGAGUGUCAAGAAUGACUGUAGUGGUAUCCAGGUUGGGCACUCAUACUGUGUCGAGGUCAACAACGGGUUCCCUCGUGAGGAAGAGCCUCCAAAGGCGACUUCAAUCAAGCUCACCUCGACCAAAGCAACUGGGCCCGAGCCCACCAAAGGCGUAGAGCACAGCCCUGCCCAAGAUGGCUUGAUUGAGACUUGCACUGCCUUUUAUAAGGCCAAGAAGGGUGAUACUUGCGCGAAAGUCAUCGCAGCAUAUGGCACUUUCAAGUUUGAUGAUUUCUUCAAAUGGAAUCCGGCUGUCGGGGAGGACUGCAGUGGUAUCUGGGCUGAUACCUGGUACUGUGUCGGUGUUCCCGGGACCCCGACUGGCGUCCCAACAAAGACGACUACAACUACAACGGCAACAAAAGCGGCAGGCUCUUCGAAGCCCAGUGCUACACAGGAAGGGCUGAUAGAGAGCUGCACUUCAUUUCACCCCGCUGCGAAGGGCGAGACGUGCGCUAAAAUCGUCUCCAACUUUGGUACUUUCGACUUCGAUACCUUCUUCAAGUGGAAUCCUGCUGUUGGCGAAGAUUGUAGCGGUAUUUGGGCCGGGUAUUACUACUGCGUUGGCGUUCCCGGAACACCAACAGCUAAGCCCAGCGCGACUGCUCCUAAACCAACUGCAGCUGGUGGAUCUGGGGCUUAUGAGCCUCAACAAGAGGGAUUGGCCAAGAACUGCAACAAGUACCAUAAGAUCGCUUCUACAACGACUUGCUCUUCAAUAGAGUCUUACUACAAAUUGCCUUUCGCUCAGUUCUUUGCCUGGAAUCCUGCCGUUGAGAAAGACUGCUCGGGCCUGUGGGUAGGAUACUGGGUUUGCGUCAGUGUCGAGGGCUAUACACCUUCCAUGACAACCGUCAAAGCCACCACAACAAAGCCUGCAAAUGGCAUCUCAACACCACCGCCAGUUCAGAAUGGUAUGGUCAAGAACUGCGACAAGUUUCAUCAAAUCAAGUCCACCACUACCUGCAAAUCUAUCGAGGAUUACUAUAGUCUUCCAUCUGCAACCUUUCACUCUUGGAACCCUGCUGUGGGCAAUGACUGUAAGUCCCUUCUGGUUGGGUAUUGGGUUUGUGUUGGCACCGUGGGAUGGAAACCCCCUACCAAGACUACUACCAGUCCUACAACACCUACCAAGGCCUCCAACGGGAUUACCACGCCCUCGCCUAUACAGCCCAAGAUGGUUGGUAACUGCAAUAAGUUCCACAUGGUCACUUCGACAACUACUUGCUCCUCCAUCCGAGACUACUAUAAGAUCUCCUUAGCAGACUUCGGAAAAUGGAAUCCUGCCGUUGGGGCCGACUGCGCUAAUCUAUGGGCUGGCUAUAAUGUCUGCAUCGGUGUCAUUGGUGGGACACCUACCAAGCCUGGCAAUGGUAUUGAAACACCCUCACCAAUCCAGCCCAACCUAGUUAGUAACUGCAAGAAGUUCCACAAGGUAACUCCUACAACAACGUGUGCCUCCAUCCAGAAGUACUAUAAGAUCAGCAUGGCCCAACUGGCUAAGUGGAAUCCGACAGUUGGUAGUGGCUGUGACAAGCUUUGGGCGAACUACUGGGUCUGUGUUGCAGUCUAA